UCUAAUGUCUACUGGGUCAGCCCAAUUUGAAACAUAUCGAAACCCAUAUUUGACCCAAAAAGAGCGACCAUAUAAAACCAAAAUCACAAACCCUAAAACCUAUCUAUUACUGGUUUCACCUCUCUCUGCAGUUGUCGCCGCUGCUCUUCAAUCGGAAGGAGGUUUACAAAAAAGAGAAGAGAAAAUGAGUCGAAGUGGUGCAGCUGGAGCCAAGGGAAAGAAGAAGGGUGCAACAUUCACCAUUGACUGUUCUAAGCCAGUGGAAGACAAGAUCAUGGACAUUGCAUCUCUUGAGAAGUUUCUUCAAGAGAGGAUCAAAGUCGGUGGCAAAGCUGGUGCCCUUGGUGAUUCUGUCACUGUUACCCGUGAGAAGAGCAAGAUCACUGUUACCUCUGACAGUAACUUUUCCAAACGAUAUUUGAAGUAUUUGACAAAGAAAUACUUGAAGAAGCACAAUGUUAGAGAUUGGCUCAGAGUGAUUGCUUCAAACAAAGAUAGAAGUAUCUAUGAGCUGAGGUACUUCAACAUUGCUGAGAACGAAGGAGAGGAAGAAGAUUAAUUGUAUGAUCUACUUAUUUACUUUCAAACAGUUUGCCUUUUUCCUAGAGCUAGCUUUCCUUUUGGCAAGUAUUGCUUGAGAUAUGAUGUGUUGUUUUGACUGUUUUGCAAUUUAACAGUUUUGAUUAUUUACGAGCUUUGUUGCCAUUUAUGAAUUGGGAAUACUAUUUGCAUUUUAUUCUGUGUUUCCUGCUUU